GCGCCAUGUCCGUGUGUUGAUUUUUGCCUAUCGAGAUUAUUGUGAGGCCAAAGAAAACCCCGAUAUUAUAUUCCCAUUUUGCAGAGGAUAAUAAUUUGUUUGUGUUAAAUGUAGCUCUUCAAGUGAUUUACAUAAUGAACGAUCUCCAGUAUCUCAUCGAUAGACAAUUUGGCAUAUGCAGCCGCUACAACUACGACAACGUGCUCAAGCGACUGGUGGUGAACGGCGCGGAGUGUUUUUACGGGCUGCAGCCUUCGAGCGUGGUUCCCGCAGCUUCACUCGAUCAGCAGGACCCUCCGAUUUUUGCAUGCCGAUUCUCAGAAGCUGCCGGCUAUGAAAAUAUUUUAGCCUUAGCUAAUGAAGACGGAAAAGUGGCUAUUCAGGAUACAUCAAAGAUAAGCUUCACAGGAGCGCUAGAAAGCUUCCAGUGCCACAACAAUGCGGUUUUUGACUUGGCCUGGGCGCCGCGUUCCCUCAGCUUUGUUACCGUCUCAGGAGAUCAUACAGCCAGUUUAUGGGAUGUGGCAGAGAGCACUCCAAAGCGAGUCCUCGUAUUUUCCAACCACACACGCUCAGUCAAGACAGCUGUUUUUCGUCCUAACGAGCCCUCGGUUUUUGCUACUGGGGCUCGAGAUGGACACAUCCUUGUUUGGGACGUGAGGUGUGGGCAACCUGCUGUCGUUGUCAAACCUGACAACUGCCUCAUGAACUGCCACUCCUCAUUCACACCGAAAACACCAGGGUCACAUACUAAAAGACCACGACUUGAUAACCACCGUUCCAUCAGCAUCACUGGUCUCGUAUUUCAAGAUGACACAACCCUGAUAUCUUGCGGGGAAUGCGACGGUAACAUAAAAGUGUGGGAUUUAAGAAAGAAUUAUACUAUUUAUAAAAAAGAACCACUACCAAAACAUUCUAUACCAUAUUGUGGAAGUUCAACAAAGAAUGGCUACACAAAUCUUAUCAUUGACGAUGCUAGGAUGAGACUCUACGCCAGCUGCAUGGACAAUGUUAUUUAUUGCUUUAAUAUUUCAACUUAUAAUUCCUUGCCAGAGCAAAGAUACGUCGGCCAUGAAAAUAGCACAUUUUACAUCAAAACCAGUCUUAGUCCCGACAGUAUGUAUUUAGUUUCUGGCAGUAGCGACAAGAAUGCUUACAUUUGGAACGUAAAAUACUCGGAACCGGUUGUAAAGUUGGUCGGCCACUGGGCCGAGGUCACGUGCCCUGCGUGGUGUCAGAAGGGUGACAUGAAGAUCGUCACUUGCAGCGACGACGCACGACACAAAAUCUGGAGAAUAGGAAAAGAGUUUAUAUCGGAUCAUGAACGGAACAUGGAGCUGAAGGGACAUGCUGAAGCAGUUCCAAGGACUGACAUAACCAGUCUACCAAAGUGGGGCACUCUGGACCGAACACCCAGCUCAUUAAAGCGAAAAUUGGUGACAACUCCGGGCUCAUACAGCUCUAAACGCAUGCGUUCGGAUAGUACUUCAGUAAGGAAAACUAAGAGAUGUUUAACAGAUCUGAUGAAUGCUUCCAGAGAGACAGAUGACGCCGAAAUUCUGGUAAAGCGGCUAAAGCUGGAUAUGGUCCCUGAAGACGACGAACCGAAGUUGCUUCCUGCAGGCAUUAAGCGGCAUAGUGAUGUGUUAGACAACACCAGUCCUGUUCACUUAUCCUUUGAUUCAGGUCAAAUGUCUUCUCAAUGGAAUUAUAUUGCACCUAAAGCCGGCACUUCAUUUAUGACACCCACCAAAAACUAUGAAAAGAAGGUAUGCAGAAAACUAUCUCCAAAAUCACCUAAGACUGUCACGCCACCUUCAAUGUCAAGUUGUUCUCCAGUAAGCAUUUCUCCUACUAAACUUAGAAUACUAAGUUUCAAUACCCCCACUAAAAAUUUACCUAAUUUUGUGCUUGAUGGAGAGGCCCCACAUCUGAGACUGAUGUCACCCGUCAAAAAAAAACAGGAUACCACUAACUGGCUCACGCGUAUUGUGCGAGAAAAAAAAGGAAAACAUGGCAAUCCCGAAGUAAUUGAAAAAGACGUAGUAGCGCCGCUUAGUCCUAAAGAGAAUAUACCUGUUAGAAGGAAUUCUGUAACCGAAAAAACACCGAAAACUGGCAAAAAGUCUAGAACGCUGCUGACGUACUUCUCAGUUGCCAACAAAAACAAAUAAAACCAUUACAUAUUGCACGGAUGGGCUUCAUUGCAGAGAUGUUUGAAUAUCAGUGAAACAAUAAUUGUGUGUAUAUCUUGAUCUAGCUAGACAAUAAGAAAAGAGUGGGGUCCGACAUUUUAUAAAAUUUUCAUUUAAGUACUUUGCCUAAAACUUUGUUCUUGUGGAAAAAAAUUCAACUAUCCGAGCGGAGUAGUAAAAAAAAUUACCAUUGAUAGCCGCCGAUAUUAGCCCUAUUUUAGACGUCGUAUAUUGGUCUGUUCCUAGAAAAAUAGUAUAAUUUAAGCGAUAAAAAUAGGAAUUGAAUUAAUUUAAGUCUGUUAUGGGCCAAUUUUAAUAAAAAAUUUUAAAACUUAAACUACAAAAUAUAGAACCGUAUUUAAGGUGGAGUUAAACACAAAAUGCACAUAAUGUAACUUAUGUAUGACAGGUUUUGUAAGAAUUUAACCUUACUAGGUGUUUUUCUGUGUUAUUGUAAUAUUGAUACAACAUUCACCUACUAACUGAUGAUUGUGCAUGUCUCUAGGACUUGGCCGAAAAUAAAAGAAUUCGAGUAUCUGUCAAAUCUCAGUGGACUUAUCCUAAUCAAAUUAAAUUUUGCCGUACAUGCAGUUAAAUGUUGGUCCGAAUAGAUGACUUAGGUAUUUAAGAAUUACAUUAAAAUAGGAAGUUCUGAGCCUCCUUUUAUAAGAAAUGUACUGAUAUUGUGAUAAGCUUUAUGAAUGAGUGCUUUUAGUUGUAAGCAAACAUUUUAUCGAGUAACGAAAUUUAAUACAUAUUUAAGAGUUGUAAUAAACUAUUUUAGCGCAUAGAAUAAUCUCUUCAGUUCGUAGUUGGCACAUUCAUACUGAAAAGAGCUCCGUAUAUGAAAUAUUUUAAAUAUCGUUUUGCAUAUAAUUCUAUAAUGUGUACUUAAUGAUAAUGAUUCAUGACAAAUACUUAGAACGCACGUCUGCAAACCCUUCUACAUGUGGUGUCUACCGCAUUCACUAGAUAUGGACGUGCGGCGUAGCACUAUGUGGAUGAUAAAAUUAAAUUUGAGCCGUCUACUUGUACUAAGUAU